AUGGAUUUCCAAUCGCAUUAUCAAGACCCUUUGAAUUCGAUGAAUUAUCAAUUCCAGAAUAUUUCACUUCAAAAUGGUCCUACUUUUGACCCUGCAAUUGCUCGAAUGGGUACUCCAGUACGUGUAUCAUCAGGAGCUGCACAACCUCUGAGCCGUCAAACCUCUAUUAUGGAUUCUAUCGGUAUCCAAAGAUCAUCGUCCCCGUUUGUUGAUCCCUCAUCAGGUUUAAAUUCAGCUUCUACUCCCUCUGCUGCUGCUGCUGUUGCUGCUGCUUCCGCAACGCCAACGACCUCUUCUGCAACUACGGUGCCUACUACCACCAUGAACCCAGCAUUAACCCCAGGUCACAUGUUUAACUCUUUAUCGCAUCAGAAUUCGGUUGCUCAAGAUUCUGCUACUUCUUCGCCGUAUCCAUCUCAGAUGGCUACUCCAAACGUUUUGCAUGGUGGAUUAUUUGGAUCAGUUCCACCUGGUGUCAGUAGUUCGGCAACUGGUAGAGCACCACCCUUGCUUGUUGAUUCUCAAUGGAGAUAUAUUGAUACUCAGGGUCAAAUUCAGGGUCCAUUUGGAUCGGGACCCAUGUCCCAAUGGUAUGCAAGUGGUUAUUUUCAACCAUCUUUACAAAUUUCAAGGGUUCCAACUACCUUAGAACCAUUUGGUAUUAAUGAUAAUUUUAUUACUUUAGGCGAUUUGAUUUCUAAAGUUAAUAAUUUCCAAGAUCCAUUUCAUGCAUUUGAUUUAGUCGCUGCUAAUAUUCUACCGAAUAUCGGAUCUGCCUUGAAUGUUCCAGUACCACCUGCUCCAGCAGCGGCCGAUGCUGUUGCCGCUGCCCCAACUUCCACUACAAUUGCCCCUGUUACCGCCUCUGCUAAUGUUCCAUUUCAACAGCAACAACAUCCUGCUUCUACAACGGCCCUGCCAAGCGAAGACUAUACACAUGAUGAAAUUUUGAAACUAAAAGACUUAGACGGUGGAUAUUACCAUGAUACUGUGGUACCAAUCCCUACCGGAUCUAGGAAGCAAGAGAAGGUUACUGAGCAAGAAAGAUUAGAGAAGGUUGCAGAGAAGAAAAGUGAAGAAGGGACCAAGAAAGAUGAGAAGAAGAAGAAGAAAGAAGAAGAAGAAAGUAAAAAACAAAAGGCUGAAGAAGCAGCCAGACAAUUAUUGGAACAAGAAUAUGAGACUAAAAGGAAAGAAGAAUCGAAGAAGUCAAAGAAGUCUCAGAAGCAGAAAGAGGUUAUACGGGAAUCUCCACCUGUGGAACCUUCAACUAAAGAAAUUUCACCAAAGGAACAGACAGCAAAACCUGCUACUGUGCAACCAGCUACUGAAGUGAAGACCACAGUUGCUCCAUGGGCUGACAAAGUUAAAAACACAGCAUUACCUAAGCUUCCCUCCAUCUCUGAACUUCAAAAGAGAGAAGAAAUGGAAAGAGUUGAAAAGCAGCGCCAAGAAAAGAUCGCAGCAGACAAAUUGAAAGAACAAAUCAUUAAAGAGGAUAAGGAACGACAAGAACUAAAAUCUGUCUUAACUUGGGCUGAUAAACCAAAAGCAGCACCUGUAAGUGUUGAUAUUAAGCCACAGUUGAAGAAAGAAGAAAAGAAGAAACCAUCCCGCAAACAAGAAACUGUCACUUUAGAUGAAUUUAAUGAUCCAAAGUUUUUGAAGGAACAGACUAAAUUAUGGGAGGAAGCUCAAAAAUCAAAAACUAAACGUCCAACCGUGGCAAACACUGCUAGUAUUGUUAGCAGUGCUGGUGGUCAAAGUGCAUGGACAACGGUAACAUCCAAGUCUGUUAAACAAACCAGUGUAGGUGCUCAACAAAAGCCUACCGUACAGCCCAAGUCUUAUAUCAACCCCGAUAAGCUCAGAGCCGUUGGAUCCAAUAAUACCACUAACAGACAAAUUGGUUCAUCUACCAGUAUUCCAGGUUUGAAGGUGAAACAAACCCAAAGUACGCCAGCAUAUCCAGGCAAUGCAUCCAUAUCGGCACGUCAAGAAUUCUUAAGAUGGUGUCGUUCUCGUAUGCAAUUAAAUGCAUCAGUGAGAAAAGAUGCUGUCCUUGAAGUGUUAUUAAGUUUGCCUGCAGGCGGUGAAUCCGUCAGUAUUAUCGCGGACACAAUUAAUUCAAACUCUAAUGCUAUGGAUGGUAAAAGGUUUGCAGAGGAAUUCAUCAAGAGACGUCAAGAAGUCGAGAAACAAAUCAAGGAUCCUCUGACUUGGGCCGAAGUUUUAUCUAUGCCCGAAGGCGAUGAUGACGAUUGGGAAUUCCAAGUUGUCAGCAAGAAAAAGGGAAGAAAGCAUUAA